UCUCUAAUUGAACGGGCAGGAUCCAAUUCUCCCGAUUCUCUUAAGCCAAUCUCAACCCGCUAUUUUACCCAAUCCGCUAGGGUUUCUCCUGUCUGCCGAAACCAAAGCUAGGUUCUUCAGCCGCUCUCUGAGCAGAUCUUUCUCUCCUCCUCUCCUCAGAUUUGUCAACAUGUUUACCUCAAGAAAGAAGAUUCACAAGGAUAAGGAUGCUGAACCCACUGAAUUUGAAGAGUCUGUUGCACAGGCGAUAUUUGAUUUGGAAAACACAAACCAGGAACUGAAAAGUGACCUUAAGGAUCUAUAUAUAAAUUCAGCAAUUCAAGUAGAUGUGGCUGGGACUGGGAAGAAAUCUGUUGUUAUCCAUGUGCCCUAUAGAUUGAGGAAGGCUUACCGCAAGAUCCAUGUUCGUCUUGUGAGGGAGCUAGAGAAGAAGUUCAGUGGAAGGGAUGUGAUCCUGAUUGCCACUCGUAGGAUAGUGAGGCCUCCUAAGAAGGGUUCUGCCAUUCAACGGCCCCGCACUCGUACCCUAACUGGUGUGCACGAGGCAGUGUUGGAGGAUGUUGUUUCGCCUGCUGAGAUUGUUGGAAAGCGCAUCAGAUAUCGCCAUGAUGGAUCCAAGAUAAUGAAGGUGUUUUUGGACCCUAAGGAACGGAACAACACCGAAUACAAGUUGGAGAGCUUUUCUGCAGUUUAUCGGACGCUUUCAGGAAAGGAUGUUGUCUUUGAGUACCCAAUAACUGAUGCUUAGAACUGAGCUCUUUUUACAUACAUGGGGUUUCAAGUUGCAUUUUAGAUUCCAUGCUUUGUUGUUUAUGUGGAAAGUUUCAUACACGUUUGAUAGGUUACACGAUUUGUGUUUGUUUUCAUGGAACAAAACUUUGUUUAUGGGUCUUUUUGUAUAAUUAAGUUAUAGGUUACGCACUUUGUACGUUGUCUUAGUAACGCAACUAGUACAUACCAUUGCUACA